CAGCGUCGGUGCAAGACGCAUGGCAUUUCCUGAUAAGCUCUUCACUCGUCCACAAUCGAGUCAGCGGUGCGCUUCGUCCAGCAACGUAGCCGUCGAGUCGCUCAGAUCCGCGUACUCGCGCCGAGAGUUAGCGUCUCGCAUCGCACCAGUUCGCACGCGCGCCUCGCAUAGUAUCUCGCGCACUAUCACGCUUGUUUUCGCCGGUUUUCCACACUUGUCUUUGUCGAAACCCGAGCCUUAACACUUUUCGUGCCCAUUUGUUUGUAAUUCGAGCUCGUGUCCGCCCGAAAAUCGCAGCUAGUUGAGUUACUCCAGAAACCGCGAAUUCCUCGCUUUAAAUCCUCCUAAAUUAUUUCGCGGACGCAAUUACGCGUUUUUCACCUUCCGUCGCGGAAACCCGAACCGGCAGUGACAUCCGGACGGAGGAAAACUGACUGGAAGUGAUUCCGCCGCUCUUGUGCCUGGGCCGCGAUUUUUCCAACGGAUUCAGACUCGCGAUUUUGCCCCGCGACCCGAUUUCUCCUCCAAAGUCCUCGGGCCAUCGCGGGAUAUCCAAAACCACCCAUCUCGAGCGAGGAUAUACGAAAAUCACAAAUUCAAGACUUUAUUCAACCUAACUCGAUUUUAAGUAACCUAACUCAAUAUACAUAAUAACUUGUUGGUUGAUUUUUUUUUAUUUGUUUUGUUUGGUUUUGAUUUUUUCCUUUAUUAUUUAUUUAUUUAUUUGUUUUUCGAUUUCGGUGACUUGACGUGCGGCUGAUUUACCAGUGCUAAAUUGUAAGUGUAUCGCCAAGUGGUAGAGAAGUUCCUAUUCAAUGCCUAAUUUUUCGUUGAAAAAUGUGUUUGAGCUGCUUUGAGGUUGUGAUCGCGUCCAAAUUGCAGCAAGAUUACAGUGUCUGAAGUGAUCUACGUGAUCUUCGUACUAAGGAGCAGAAAAUUGCACUCAAUUGGAAUAUCAACCUGCACGAGUACACGAGUUAUCUAGCGGACAAUAAUGAAAUCAGCGCUAAAGGAAUUGCACAGAAUAUGGGAGAGUGGCAUCGGCAGAACGGUAGCGGCUACGGUGGCAGCGCACUUGAACUCUAUUUCGGUUGGCAUGUGCCAAGGGUACUCAGCCGUCCUUCUACCUCAACUCACGUCGCACGCCAGCCCCCUUCAAGUUUCGAACGACGAGGCAUCAUGGAUAGCUAGUUUAGGAGUCAUAUCGAAUCCGGUAGGCGCAUUGCUCUCGGGGGUGUGUAUGGAGAUAUUCGGAAGGCGAACAGCAGUUCAACUCACCUCGUUACCGUUCCUUAUUGGCUGGACCAUAAUCGCCCUCUCUCAAACGCUCACAACGCUAUGCAUCGGAAGAUUUAUCUCUGGAAUGGCCAUAGGAAUGGCGUCGGCGUGUUACGUCUACGUGGCGGAGAUCUCGCAGCCAGAGCACCGGGGGAUCCUCUCUUCGACAGGGCCGGUGUUCGUCUCCCUGGGGGUGUUGAUCGUCUACUCUCUGGGCUCCCUUUGCAGCUGGCAGUUCGUUUCGGCCGUCUGCGCCGCCGCGGCCAUGCUCAGCUUCUCGGCCAUGCAGCUCGUUCCCGAGUCCCCGUACUGGCUCGCCUCCAAGGGCAUGACCAAGGAGUCCCACGCCGCCCUCAGUUGGCUCCGCAGCUCGGCCCACGUCGAGAAGGACAUCUCCGAACUCGUCAACAACAGCCGCGAUAUCUCACCUAGGGUCUCAACACUCAAACUCAUCUCCGACAGAUUCAACGAUCCGUGCGUCUGGAAGCCGUUCUUCAUCCUAGUUGGGUUCUUCUUGUUCCAAGAGGGCUCUGGAAUCUACAUCAUCCUCUACUACGCCGUGGACUUCUUCCGACGAGCCGGCUCCACUGUGGACCAUAACGUGGCUUCUAUCAUCGUGGCCUCACUCCGGUUCGCCAUGUCGAUAUUCGGCUCGCUCUGCAUCCAGAACUUCGGGCGGCGAACGCUGGCAGUUACCUCGGGCAUCCUCAUGGCGCUGUCCAUCGGGGCGGCCGGCGUCUACGAGCACUUCUUCGAGGACUUCGCGCCCGCCGACCGGCCCUACCCGUGGGUCCCGCUCGCGUGCAUCCUCACCAACGUCUGUGCCUCCAUGCUGGGCCUCCUCCAGUUGCCCUGGCUCAUGAUCGGCGAGCUCUUCCCACUCAAGGUCCGCGGUAUCAUGGGCGGCGUCGUCUCCUCACUCGCCUACCUCUUCAUCUUCGCCACGGUAAAGAUCUACCCGAACCUCAUGGCUAACCUCCAGAUGUCUGGCAGUAUGUUCGGCUUUGCCAUCGCCUCGCUCAUGGUCGUCGUCUACGCACUCAUGUUCUUGCCCGAGACCCGCGGCAAAACUCUUCUAGAGAUCGAACAGCGAUUCUGCGAUAUCCCCAAAACGAACAGCACGGAGAAUCUUGAGAAAGGCUUCUACAUCAACCCAGCUAUCAGCGUCAGCACGGUGUGUGCUAUCGUCGAGAAUAUCAAAAAGUAGGGCUUCCAGCAGGAGAAGGUUCCAGGGUUCGGGUCAUGUUUUCACCAAAGGCUCCUCCUGAGGGUCCUGAAUAGAGCUAAGGAGACACCCUCCACUAGUAUCGAGGCUACGAAGGAAGCAUUCACUUUCAGAGCUCCAACUUUCAAUUGUUUAUCUGCCCACUAGUUGGCUGUUGAGCGACAAGCCAAUCAUUUCGUUCAACAAUACAAGUCGAAGUUAGGAGAACGUGCUUGGAACGUCGCGUCACCCAGACCUCAUCAGCCACCUAGUGGAGAUGUCGAUAACCAGUAAAGAGGUACUUAACGGUCAACACAAGAGUGACGACUGUUGGUGUCUACAAAUUGAACGUAUUUAUGCUACAAGGAACUGUGAGCAUAGGGUUUGCGUGUUAGCAUAAAUACGUCCAAUUGUCCAUAAGAAAAUAUUGAAUCCCUGAAAGUAAAAGUUUUCAACUGUCGGCUAUGGGUUAGUGGAGGGUUUCCCAUUCGUCUCUGGUCCUGAAACUUGUGACUGCGCGGAGUAGAGGUUUAGUUAUCGGAAUUCUAGCGUAGUAGGUCUAUAAAAAGUCUUGUCAUCACAAACUGUAAAAUUCUACAAGCAAACCGAGGGCAUGCAGCACGUCUGCAGUGAUACCCCUACUGAUUUUAAUGACGUUGGUCACAAAUAUAGUAAUAUCAUCGAUGUAUCUCAUGGAUUAGCUUAAAAUAAUAUCCUAGGCAAACGUCAAAUUGCUACCUAUGCAUCAAUAUCAAUGGUUAUAUCACCCUCUGUAACAGACAGAUGCCUACAGCGCGCAUUAGUGCAGGUCAUGAUUUUUACAACCUUGGCCUCUUCAUUAAUGCACGUGCAAAUUUUUUUAAAAAAUUGGUCAUUUUACUAAUUGAUUUCACGAAGAUGAAAGAGACCGUGGUUUGCAUCGAUGCGCGUUCGAAUGACGUCAAUUAUCCAUUUUUUAGGCAGCGUCGCCGUUAUACUUUGAUAACAUCGACUGAGAGCGAUUGAAAUUUAGAUAGACCCUGCUAUGUUUUGCUCCUCCGUAAGAUUCAGCCAUCAAAAUACAAUGGUGAGACGUCGGUGUAUUUGCGCAUUAGGCCAAUUUUUCCUUGCAUACUGGAACGCGCGUGUCCAGAUUAAUGUAACACCUUCUCUUAGGACUGAUCAAACCAAUGAUCAAUUUUCCGAUCGUUCGAUUGAUUGGCUUAAAAAUGUAUGUUCAGUUACAAUGCUCUCUAGGGAUACAAUACCGCUAGAAGCCUAAUGCCGGUGAUUAAAGUUGCUCCGUGCGGAAGCUUUUGUUAGAUUUUUAAAGUUUCCUGAUCAUUGCAAAAACAUUUUUAUUUUAUUUUUCGCUGGUUCGGCCAGCUUUUCUGUGAUAUUAUUUCUUACAACAGCUUCCCUCAAUUAGAGCUUUAGUCUUGAAAUAUGACCUGAAUAAACAGAUCCUCGCCUUUAUCUUCCUGCAACCUUUUAAGACUGGGAGGUCUUAAAAGGAACCAUUCCGAUGAUUUCUCAAGCUCUGGUGAUACAUCAACGCAAAAUAAUCCCGAAUGUGAGCUUUAAAAGAAUUAUAUCAUCCAUCCGGUUCAGGAAUCAUGUAAUUUAUCAACUCCUGCCUCAGUCGUCCUUGCGUUUUUGGUAUAUCCAUGUAGCCUGUGAUGUUGAAGUUAUAAUCGUGGAGUUGUUAUCGUGCGAUCGUCGGAUAUCAAAUUCUCGGGCUGUCUUUCAGUAGUGUUAAGAAUUUCCAGAACUGUAUCUGUAUUUUUAGGAAGAGAAUAUAGGUUAUUAAAUAUUCCUAUAAUUGGCCACACACUAUGACUUCGAGGCUUAAUUUUCUAUUAGUUCUAGUGCAUCAACGUUUUAUCCGGUCGAAUUUACUUUUGGAAAAAUCAUAAACUUCCACUGUUUCAAAAUAAAUUUUAGUAGGUACGUUUAAAUGCGUGAGACGAAUGGAAUGAAAAUUCUUUCUCUUGGCGGAGUAUGAUAUCUCAAUUUUGAUGACACUGCUUAUUUAAGUUAGGAACUUUGAAAGCUUCAUCCCUCGUGAAAGUGGCGGAGUUGAUCAGGAUACUUUCUAAGAAGUUCCAGUUAUGAGAGAGUUUUCUCCUCAAAAGGACCGUAUGUGCUACUUCUCGGCCAAGUUGACCGAAACAUGGAAUCUUACAAUUUCCUCGGGGAUAAAAAGAGGGUCUUCCCAGACACUCAAAACUGGUCUCAUUUUUUGCCUAGCCCCCGGGAAAAAGGGAGAGGAGGCCAAAGUCAAUAACUAUAAAUGAGAUUACUUUUCAACAGUUUGUCAGGCAAAGAUGAUCUUUCUACCGAGACCAUUUUUCAUUCCUGAGAAAAUUUUAGGAUUCCGUGUUUACGUCAAUUUGGCCAAAAAAAUAUUAAGGUCCUUUCGUAUUAAAACAAUGUGCACAGAGGUAAGCUUAAAAAACUGACACUUUAUUAACUUUCACAAUAACGAACAUCUAUCAAAUUAGAAAACAUGGUGAACAGAUCAAUUGCUAAAUCUCAUCGCCAGUUUAGGUAUAUCUCAAUCGCUGAGAUAAUUUUAUAAAUUCUUAGUGUUCGCCACAGCUUCAAUAUUUUCGUAAUAUUUAAGUAUUAGGAAAUAUUAAGAGUAUCAGGAAAUAUCUCAGCUGUCUUAGCUCCAGUGAACAAUAAUUAUCAUCGUAGCCAUAAAAUUUUCCAUAUAAUUGGUGCAAUUUAUUAUGAGUAAAUUGAUAGAGCAAAAAUGAGCUGAAAACUACGUAUAUGGUGAUGUGCACAUCGGUAGUUUUUUAAGAGGGGAAAAGAGAGAAUGAAACUUUUUUGGCGAUUUCUGUAUAGAGAAGAAAAUAUUUUUGUAAAUCGACUGAAGUCAUACCUGCGAUUCUUUAGAUAACA